CGUCACUCGUGUGACCCCCUGUACAGUAGUGGUUCUUCCUCUUAGUUGUGUUGCGCUAGAAAAGAGAAGUGACCCGGUAUCUUGUAAUUUUAUUAGAUUUGUUGCAGAUAUAACUCGAUAAAGCUAGAAUGGGGAAAAAGAACAAACAAGGCAAACCUCACUUGCCUAAUAAUCAACCAGGACCUGCCGUUGCUAAGGGUAGAGUUGACAAAAAUCAGGCUAAGGGACCAUUUUCUAAAAAUAAACAUAAGGCUAUUAAAGAGCAAAUAAAUUCAUCAUCUUUCAUGUCAAAAAAUAAAGGAGGAAAUGUUAUCAAUGUGUCUUCUAGUAAAGUUGAGGUUUCAGGUGACAAACCUCUAUCAAAAAAUGCUAGGAGGAAACUGAGAAAAUUGCAAGCACAGCAGAAACAGGAUGAUGUUAAGCAGGAAAAUUAUAUUCCACUAUCAUCACCACAAAAGAAAGGUGCUCCUAAUGGAAUUUUUAAUAAAAAUAAAAAUAAGCAGAAGCAACAGUUUAAUAUCAGUAAAACCAGUGAAUUAGUAGAACCUGUUGUUCACAGCCUGACAAUGUCUUCUGAUUCUGAUUCUUAUGAUGACGACGACGACGACGACGAUGAUGAUGACGAAGAAAAUGAUACUAGUAACAUCACCGAGUUUACAAUUAAAAGUGAAAAAAGUACACAGACUGAUCCUGUCCAGUUUAAAGAUGACGAUGACAAAGAAAGUCCUAUUAGUCAUAAAAGAACUAAGACAGGGAAGAAAGCUUUUGAAAAAAACUUAGUGACUGCAAGUGAUAGCAAUGGUAAAGGCAAGUUGAAUGAGGAGUUUGGAGACAAGAGCGAGGAAGAAGAUACUGGGGAUGAAGAGGAGACAGGAGAAGAAGAGGAGAGUGAAGAAGAAGAAGAAAUUGGAGAAGAAGAGGACAUGGAAGAAGAUGAAAGUGGAGAAGAUGAAGACGAAAAGGAUGAAGUACAUGGUAAAGAUUUUCUAGAUGAUGAAGCAGAAGAGGGUGAAGAAUCGUCAAGUGAAGGAUCUUCUAAUGAAGAGGAAAGUAGACACUCUCCCCCUACUAAGAAGAUGAAAUAUUCACCUCCAGAAAGCGAAAAUGUUGAAAAACAUUCAUCAACAAAAAAAGUUUUCAUCAACAACCUACCUACCGACGCUGAUGAAGAAAAGCUCCGUAAAGCACUCACAGGGAUAGAAAACUUCACCAAAAUGACCAUUGUGAGAAGUAAAGACAAUCCCGAUGAUUGUAGGGGAUUUGCUUUCUUGGAACUUCAAGAUGAAGAGACAUUUGAGAAAGUUCUCAAACUGGAUGGUGUUGCAAGUAUUGGUUUCAAUAAUCUCAAUAUCCGCCCAUACACAGAGGGUAGUUCUGAAAGAGGAGGAAGAGGAGGUGGCAGAGGAGGUGAAAGAGGAGGAAGAGGAGGUGAAAGAGGAGGAAGAGGACGUGGAAGAGGAGAAUGGCGUGGCGGGAGAGGAGGAAGAGGAUUCGAUAGAAGAGGAAGAGGGGACGGUGGCUUUAGGGGGCGUGGAAAUUUUAGGGGAGGUUUUAAGAGCAUUGGGGGACAUAGGGAUGGCGGUGAUGGGGAGAGAUCACCUCGUGGCAACUCAAGAGGUGGAAGAGGUGAUGGCUUUAGAGGGAGGGGGAACUUCAGAGGUAGAGGUGAUAAUAGAGGAAACUUCAGAGGCAGAGGUGGUAAUAGAGGAAACUUCAGAGGUGGAAGGGGAAAUAAUCGUGGCAGAGGGAAUUUCGGAAGUGGUGGCUUCAGUAAUAAGGGAAGAGAUUAAACAGUAGGUAUUUUAAGUGUGGUGAAUCUGCACUACUACUGCUUUAUAUAUAUCAUCUUAAUUGAAUACUUUUGUACAAUGAAAUACUGUUAUGUUUAAUAUUGUGACAGUCACAGUGAAGUGUUUUUCAAUAUUUACCUUGGUAAAGUGAACUAGCAGCUAAGUGCUUUUAAAAGCUUUAUGUUGUAAGUAUUGUUCAGUCAUAUAAUGGCUAUUAUGUGGAAUAGUCGUGAUAGUCUACGAGCCAAGAGCCAAUUUACACUGUAUAAACACACCACCUCCAUUUUAUCGAAAUCUAUGGACAAAUACAUCCUGAGAUGUGCUAGUUUUGGCAGAGAUCUAAUGGGAGUGUAUGAAUUGGGUUAAAAUAUGAAACGAUAGUUUGUCAGAUCAUAUUUUUUGUAGCAUGUCACAUAAAUAAAUGUUAAAUCGGUGUCAGCUAACCACAUACAGACCUUUCAGUAUCUGUAUCUAGUUGACUGAUGGUGUUAUAACAGUUAUUUACAGGUUUAAGUUUGUGGAGGUAAGAAAAGUAUAAUCAGAGAAAAAUGUUUGAAUAUUUUAAAUUCUUUCGAUACCCUCCCAUGGGCCAUUCUUUAUUCAACCCUAAAAUCGGACCAUUCAGAAAUGUGCUUGUAUAGUUACAGAAUUACGGCCUGACAGAAUUGACUUUAUCAGUCACAGGUUUUCGGUCCAUAAGUUAGUCCAUAAACUCAACUGUAAUGCAAAUGUACUGUACAAUUUUGAGAAUGAAUCCAAGCAAUUGAUUCUUAAGGUUUAAUACUAAUGUAAAUCAAAACCCCCCAACCUCCCCACUACCAGUGCGUAAUGCUCCGAAAAACUCCCCCCCCCAUGGGGCGUUAUUAAUUUAAGGACAACCCCUAAGGAAAUUAGGAUUUCAAGAAAAACCGGGUUUGGUGCUUAUUCAGUGUAUAUUGUCUCUCAGCUUGUACACUAUAUGUUAAGGAGUUAUUUUUAUUAGUAACUUUUAUACUAAUUUCAAGAAUUCAUCAAAUCUUCAGUGUAUGCUUUGGAGUAAAUUGAAAAAAAUCAAAGUAAAGACUUAUCAACUUACUACUUAUUCCGUAAAAAUUUUGGAAACCUUAAUGACAGAGAUUGCCUUUCUAUAUUAUAUACUGGGUUUAACAAAGAGACUAUUGAAAUAACAUCUAAUAAAUAGUUAUUUUCAAUAACACUACCAUUUGCAAACUGAUCUUAGUUAACAACGUGUUAAUUUGGUUCUUUAUUUAUAUCAACAAAACAGUAUCUAUGAAAAAAAUCAUCAGUUGCUACUAAGUAUUACAGAAAAGGAAAAACAUUUCUCUCUUUCUUUAAAGGUAGUUUCUGAUCUCCAAGGGGUAUUGGAUUGUCUGAGACAGUUCACUUAAAAGUUGUACAAUGUACCAAAAUUACUAAUGUUUUUCUUAACAAUGUUAUUUAAUGGAUGAAGGUUAUCUUCAUUCUCUUUAUACCCCUCUGCAAUGUGGUUAUUAUAAUUUGUAGUGUAAUUGUUAAAACUUAUUUCAUAAGAUUGGAUUGAAAUGUCAAACUUCUUUUAGGCAUAUGAUCGUACAUUUUUAUUGGAUUGGAGUAAUCUUAAUCUUAAAUCGUAAAAACUUUUUAGUGUGAAUUGUGACCAUAUAUUUAUUAACACUAACAGAAUGUUAUAAUUUUAUUAUUUGAUUGGCCAUAGAGUUGCUGUCUUUGUUUCAUGUUUUAAAAAGUAAAGACCAAAAUAUUGAGUAAGAAACAUUGGUCUGUUAAACUAUAUUUAUGUAUUAGAACUUAAUUGUACAUACAUUUGUUAUGUAAAUCGUUACAGCUAUAAUUCAGUAGUUAUUGCAAAAUAUAUUUAGUAAAUUUGUUUGUAUCAAAUUUAACAUUUGUUGUUGCCAAACAAUUUUGUUACUUGUGAAGUUGUAUGAAAACAAAGAGAAUAAAAUAAUUGAAAAUAAACUCUAA